CGCAGCACCUCCGCAUUCCAGUGCAAGAGGCAACACCGCUGCAAUGCCGCCAAGGAUACCUGUCGCCAAUGGCUGGAGUAGCAGUCUAUGUGUGCGGUCCUUCUCCUCCACACCCACAUCCCUCGCCCUCGGUCCGCAAUCCCCAAACUACAUCGAGGUUCCGAAGCCGCUGCAGCCCACCUACCCGGCCAAGCCCACGGUAAAGGGCCAUCUGCCUAUUCCCCGAGACAUCUUCAAGACGAGGAACAAGCACCCAAAGGAGUCGGACAUCUUCAUCGGCAGGAGCACAAAGGAACCCAAAGAGGUCAAGGUUCCAGGACCAUACAGCCGGGAUGCCGACUACCGGUUAUACAAGCAGCGACUGGCGGAAAAGAGGAGAGAGAACUUGAAGGAGGGUGUCAAGGAGCUGCACGAGCGCAAGGUCACAUCAGAAGCACAGUACCUGGCCAAGAUCCAGGCCAUUGGCGCGAAGAGGCGGGAGCUGGCCACGGCCCCGCGUCGCGAAGUCGACAUCUUGACUGAGACAUCCGUAGCCAAGGGCAUUCGCGACUUCCUCACCGACAGCCUUCCUCCCCGGCCAGACAUCACCCAAGCCCGCAAAAAAGCCUAUGAUCGCCGAGUAGCCAAGAUACAAGAAGUCCGCGCAUCUCGCCUCCACGAUCUAUACACCAACGCGCGCGAGUUCAUCGUAGACGAGCAGCAACUGGACGAGGCCAUAGAGGCGGCUUUUGGUACCGAAGAUGCGCCUGUAGGCUGGGACCACAAGGGCAUCAUGGGCCCCCGCGCGGAGGGCAAAGAGGGUCUCAGCCCGUGGCAUGGACCCCUACCCGAGGGUGUGGGCGACAUGCUCAACAAGCUCAGGGGAGGCGAAGGUGUUGGCCUUGCCAAGGAGCGCGUCAAGAAGGUGGCCGAAGAGCUCACUGGCGGCAAGAUGUAGGGCCCGCACAGGAGCCGUGUAUCAAAUACUUAUGUGUAUACCAAUGCUUGGAAGUUUUGAACGACAUAAUGAAAUUGCAUGUGCGGUUUAUUUACGUUUGAAGUGAAUGGCUUCCUCACUAACAGCCUACAGUGAGAGUGUUCGUCAAAGUCAGUCAAGAAAUCUAAGCAGAGUUUUGUUUGUGGAUGCAAUCUACAUGGUCGUUUCGCAAUUUACGAAAAACGCCUCAUAUUAUCUUUGGUACUACAUGUCGCCCUUUGACGGUCUACUGAUCGCUACUCUUAUUCACUAUCUAUCCUUGAGCAUGACUUGCUCAACUGGAAGCGGUCAUUUCGAGUCCUCACCUGGAGUACGAUCUAGCAACUCAUUCAAGCGUUUGCACAAC